AUGUCUGCUGCCGUGUGCGGAAGCAAGAGAUCUUUCUUCCAAGAACUUGCCCCUUCGCCGCCACUCUCCAAGAAGCUACGUUACUCAUCAUCACCGAUUCGAUUCGCUCCUCACCUUCGAACUCUUUUCCCUCACAUGGAUGAGCUUGUUCUAGAGAGAGCACUUCAGGAAUGUGGCAAUGAUCUAGAUGCUGCCAUCAAGAGGCUGAACGAGCUUUGCUUGGGGACCACUGAUGAAAAUACUGGAACUGCCGAAGAACCACAAGUUGAAGUUAAUGCAGAUACAAAUAAAGCCAUUUCCAGGACAUUUCCCUCUUGA